UAAGAAAUUGUGAAAAGAAAAGAUACAAGUAGUUCCGAAAUAUAAAAUAAAAAAAAAAAUUUAUUUUGUUAAUUCAGGGAAAAAAAAAGAAUUUCAAAUAAUUUGCAUUUAAUUGUACUUAAAUUUGAAAAUGGAUAAUUAUUUCUAAACUAUUGUAUUUUGGGGUGAACUUUGAAAAAAAUUGUUAAAAAGGAAGGUGCAUUCACCAGCAUCAAUGUCUAUACCUUGAAAAAAAAAGAACAAAAAAAAAACUUUCAUAAAACAGUGAAAUUUUCAACUACCUUUUACGUGAAAUGUUUAGAAUACGUGUUAAAAUGGGGCCGCAAGCUAGAAAUAAUAAAGAAUGGACGUGCUGUUUUGGUUUACAUGUUCAUACAGCGACCGUUUUAAUUGGAAUGUGGCAUUUGAUUCUUAACAUAAUUGCGCUAACAUUACUUGCAAUAAUGAUUAGAAAUCCAGAAAUGAUGAAUGAUCUCGAUAAUAACUGUGACGAUUGCGUUGAUAUGAGUGCUCCAGCAUUACCAACACCAUUGAGUAAAAUUGAUCCACCGUAUGCAUACCGGGAUCAUUCAUUAAAUUACCACAACAUUGAUAUGGGAGGUCUUGUGUGCAUAUGCAUGAUUGCAAUAACAUUAAUGAUGAUUUAUGGAGCAAUUAAAGGAAAACCAUCACAUUUGUUACCAUUUUUCUGUUUGCAGUUAUUUGAUUUCGCAUUGACAACUUUAACUGCUGCUGGUUAUUUCUGUUAUUUACAAUCAAUACAUCGUUUAAUUGCUGAAAGUCAUCGAUUACCGUAUCGUGAAAAAUUAUUACAACUUUCUCCAGAUGCCUUAGUAAUGGUUGUGCUAAUUGCUUUUGUAACAAUCGUUUUCUUAAAGGCAUACGCUAUUGGUAUUGUAUGGCGUUGUUAUAAAUACUUAACAUUACGACAACAUAAUAUUAGAUCAAUGUUACCAUAUAUUAUACCGCAUGUUUCAUCAACUGGUGGAUUAAAUAGCGAAGGUAGAGACUAUUCAACAUUGCUACCAGAUUAUGAGGAAGCUAUUGCUCAAAGUAUGAAACAACAACCACCACCAUCUUAUCAAGUUGCAAUGUCAAAUAUACAAGUUGAACCGGCUAAUGUUGAUAAUAAUAAUGAUUCAUCUAAUAAUAAUAAUGAUGGAAAUACAGCAAAUGCUAAUACAAAUAAUAAUAAUAAUAAUAAUAUUAAUAAUGCUAGCAAUAAUAACAACAAUAAUAAUGCAAGUAUUACAAUUGAAGAUAUUGAUGGAACAGAUGAAUCACCUGUAACUGGUACACCGCCUCCGCCAUACAUUGGUAAUGUGAAUAUUUUAAAUAAAAACAAUGAAAAUGAAAACGAUAACGGUUUAAUGUCCUCUGCUGUACAAUCAUCAUCAACGCCUCUAUCAUCACCAUCUUCAUCUUCAUCAUAUGGUACACAAAAUAUACGCUCAAACUCAAAUAGUUUGGAUUUACCAGAAAUAACUGGUGCGAAUAAAUCUCAAGCAAAAAACAAUAAUGAAAGCUCAGCCUAAAUCAAAACAAGUUACAAUUACAAAAAAAAAAAAGAAAAAACAAAUUACAUGAAAUAUUAAUUAAAUUGUAUACUAACUAAUAAAUUUAUUUUUUGUUUUCAAUAUUAAGGUAAAUUUUUUUCCUUAUUGAAUUUUUAUUAUUACAUAUUAUAAGAAUAAUAUUAAAUCACAAAUAAUACAAUAUGAUUUUACAAAAAGAAAAAAAAAUAUUUAAACGAUUCAGAAAAUAUUAAUUACAAUAUUGAUUAUAUAUAUUAAAUUAAAUAUAAAAAUCUCAAAAAUAUAAAAUAAAUAAUUAAAACUCAUAAAAUAAAAAAAUCAAAUUGCUUGGUUUGUUUUAACAUCCAGAAUUUUGUAGAAUUGAUCAGGCUUAAAUGUAAAAAAAAAAUAUAAAUAGAUCAGCACAUAAAUUGUUUUUUUUUUUUUGUUUUUAAUUGUAAAUUUUCUGUAAUGUUAAAAUUCAAUAUUUUUAGGAAUAAUUUAUAAGAAAUAAAUUUUUCAGGGCAAUAUUUUGAAUUGAAAAAGAAAAAGAAAACACAAAAUACAUGUUAUAUUUUUUUUUUUUUGUAUUGAAUUUUUUAAAAAUGUAAUUGCAAAUUAUUAAAUUUAUAAAAUUAGAAAAAUUAUCUUUGACAUUUUUCUAUGUACAUAUAUAUACUUAUUUAAUUAAUUUAAAUUAAAAAAUC